AUGUCCGCGCCAUCUCAGCCGGAGAUUUUGAACACCCUCUUUACUGGCCUUAGGAGUAAAAGCUCGGAAACGCGCCAUCAAUCUGCAUCAGAGCUUCGGCACUAUGUAUCUACCAAACUUGCAGAAAUGUCCUCGGAUGCGGCAGCGAAGCUAUGGGAUGACAGCAUCAAUCGCCGGCUCUUCGAACUCAUCCAUAGCACCAGCAACAUCGACAAAUUUGGUGGUAUAACAGCCAUAGAAAUCGAUGACGAGGGCGUAGAAUCGCCGCGGAACCUCUUUCGGAUCUACAACUAUGUGAAAGUCUUGCUUCCAAAUCCUGAUAUCAACAUCAUGUUGGCGGCUUCUAAGACUUUGGGAAAAAUUGUAGAGAAGGGCGGCGCAGAGUUUGGCGAAGGAUUCAUGGCAAAGGAGGUUCCUGACGCCAUUGAUUAUCUGCAAGGCGAGACACGUUAUGCCGGCGUUCUCAUUCUGAAGGAGUUGGCGCGACAUAGCGCUGUAUACUUCCAUUCACACAUCGACUUGGUCGUGAACAAGAUUCUUGUACCCCUCAGGGACGCGCGGGUGAUUGUCCGAGAGGGCGCGGCAGAGUUGCUAGCAGCGUGCUUGGAGAUCAUCACGCAGAGGGAGAGACAAGCGCCCAGCAGCCAUCUUUACCAGAUUUUGAAAGAUGCACAGCUUGGGUUAAAGACAACUCAACCAGAGAUCAUACACGGAUCUCUCCUGACGCUCCGUGAACUUCUACUUCAUGGAGGCAUGUUCAUGAAGGAAACAUUUCUCGACACCGCUGAGCAGAUUUUGCGGUUCAGAACUCACAAGGAUGCUCUCGUUCGCAAGAUGGUCAUCACGCUCAUUCCUACUCUAGCAGUUUACGACACGCAGACAUUCUCAGAGCAUUUUCUACAUAGGGCGAUGGGACACCUAUUAACACAAUUAGAGAAGCCUAAUGAGCGCUCUUUCGCUUUUAUCGCCAUUGGCCAUGUUUCGCUCGCUGUGGGCAGCGACAUGAAGCCUUUCCUGGACUCCAUCAUGGCGCAGAUCAAAAUAGGGUUGCAGAAUAGAAGCAAAAAGGCCCCGACGGAGGAGCCGAUGUUUCAAUGCGUUGGGAUGCUGGCAUCGGCAGUUGGUCCCAAUUUGACAAAGCUUCUCCACGACCAGUUGGACCUAAUGUUUGCUUGUGGGUUGAGCGAGCCGUUGCGGCAGGCGCUCACUGCAAUUGCGAAGCAUAUUCCCCCAUUGCUGAAAACUAUCCAGGAUCGACUUCUCGAUCUUCUAUCCGUUACUCUGAGUGGACAGGUGUACAAACCUCUCGGAGCACCCCCAACGCUCGUACGAGAUAAUGUGACGAAUAUGCUGACCGAGUUGAAUGCACCUCAAAAUGCAGGAAGUGGAAAGAGCCCAGAACUCAUCACAUUGGCUUUAACGACCCUCGGCUCCUUCGACUUCAGUGGGCAUGUGCUCAACGAGUUUGUUCGUAAUUGCGCUCUCCCAUAUCUGGAGGAGGACCAGGCAGAAGUACGACGUGCUGCUGCGCUGACUUGCUGCCGUGUUUUCGCUCGCGACUCGAUAUGUUACCAAAGCAGUAAUCAUUCUAUCGAGAUCAUCAACGACGUCCUUGACAAGCUAUUGACUGUCGGAAUCGCUGAUCCAGAUCACACUAUUCGCUUGACUGUUUUGUCCUCGCUGCAUGAACAAUUUGACAAGCAUCUUGCUCAAGCUGAGAAUGUGAGGUCGUUAUUUAUCGCUUUGAAUGACGAAGUCUUCGCGAACAGAGAGAUGGCCGUGGGUUUGAUCGGCCGUCUCGCAACACACAAUCCAGCCUACGUCAUGCCAUCGCUUCGCAAAGCCCUGAUUCAACUGCUGACUGAGUUGGAAUAUUCGACAGUCACUCGCAACCGGGAGGAGUGCACCAAGCUGUUGACCUUGUUAGUUAGCGCGACUCAACGUCUUAUCAAGCCAUACGCACUUCCCAUGCUGCGCGUACUCAUCCAGAAGGCCAACGACAACAACGCCACAGUGGCUGCCAAUGUUUUAAUGUGCCUCGGCGAAUUGUCCUGUGUAGGCGGUGAGGACGUCGAGCCACACGUACCGGAGCUAAUGAACAUCGUCAUCGCCAAGCUAUCGGACCCGUCUUUGGUCAAACGAGAUGCUGCGUUGCACACGCUCGGACAAGUAUGCUCAAGUACAGGAUACGUUAUACAACCGCUGUUGGAUUACCCCCAGCUCCUGUCUAUUCUGAGUAGGAUUUUGAAAACCGAGCCGACACAGAAUGUGAGGAGGGAGGUGAUCAGGGUUCUUGGCAUUCUUGGAUCGUUGGACCCCUACAAGCGCAAGACUAAACCAGACGAGGAAGCGGUGGACGAGUCUUCGACUCCUGCUGCUACCGUCAUUAAUCUGUCGUACACCACGUCUUCCGCAUCAGAUGACUACUAUCAGACCGUCGUCGUCAACGCCUUGCUUGCUAUGCUCAGAGAUCAGGCAGUCAGCGGCCAUCAUCACACCGUCAUUGCCGCGAUAAUGUCCAUUUUCAAGACCCAAGGUUUGAAGUGUGUCACAUUCUUACCACAGAUCAUACCCGCGUUUGCAGCUGUGACUCGCAGCUCCGCAGCACGGCUCCAGGAUUUCCACCUUCAAGAGCUUGCUAUCCUUGUUGGGAUCAUCAAACAACAUGUCCGCAACUACAUGCCUGAAAUAUUUAAUCUAGUCACCGAGCUAUGGGAAAACACCUCUCUCCAACUACCUCUAGUAUCUCUCAUUGAGGCCCUAGGCAAGGCUCUAGACGCCGAAUUCAAACCAUUCUUACCCACAAUAUUGCCACUUAUACUCAAGGUUUUCGACGGUGAACUGAAUGAAAAGCGGUCAAAUACGCAGAUCAAGAUCUUCGAUGCGUUUUUGACCUUCGGGGCGAACAUUGAAGAGUACCUUCAUCUUGUCAUUCCAAUCAUUGUCAAGACAUACGAGAGGUCUGAUGGUCCUGCGGCGCUCCGUAAGAGAGCCAUCGUGACUAUCGACGGUUUAUCCGGGAGAGUAAAUUUUUCCGACCAUGCUUCACGAAUCAUACAUCCCCUCGUGCGCGUCCUCAACUCGUCGAUCAAUGAGCUUCGCAUGGCGGUGAUGGACACGCUCUGCUCAAUUCCUCAUGCGAAGUACGAAAAUCUGAUCUCCAAGCUGUUGAAUGGAGAACGACUGCCUCAGGAAUUAGGCGCUCUUGAACUGAUUAUGAAUGAGAGCUCAAAGACCCCCGAAGUCUCAGCUCCAGCCGAAGCUGCGAAAAUGACUGUCAAUCAGCAGCAUCUGAAACAGGCGUGGGAUACUUCACAAGUAUCAACUAAGGAAGACUGGGCCAAAUGGAUGCAUCGCAUAUCUGUGGAGUUCAUGAAAGAGUCGCCCUCUCACGCUCUGCGGGCUUGCAUUACUCUUGUUGACCUCCAUCAACCCCUCGCCAAGGAGUUGUUCAAUGCAGCGUUCAUAUCGUGUUGGAAGGAGCUCUUUGAACACUAUCAGGAAGAUCUGGUCCGUGCCAUCGAGUAUGCAAUCACAACGCCUCAAAUUCCCUCCGACCUGGUGCACCGUCUUCUCAAUCUAUGCGAAUUCAUGGAGCAUGAGGAUCAGCGUCUUCCUAUCGAGAACAGCACACUAGGCGAAUAUGCCUUGAAGUAUCACGCGUAUGCGAAAGCCCUUCACUACAAGGAACUCGAGUUCUUUGCUGAGACUACAUCUCCGACCAUCAUCGAAGCAUUGAUCAACAUCAAUACCAAGCUUCAACAGCACGACGCUGCUUGGGGAACCCUAUUGAUUGCUCGCGAGCAGUAUGAUGUGAGCAAGCAUGAAGAAUGGUACGAGCGGCUAGGACGAUGGCAGGAAGCUUUAGUAACUUACGAGCGGAAGGCUCAAGAAGACCCCGAUGCACCGGAUAUCGCCAUCGGAAGAAUGAAGUGUCUACAUGCCCUUGGCGAGUGGGACAAGCUUGCAGCGCAGGUGGAAGAGAACUGGUCGAAUGCCAAUCAUGAGGAUCGUAGAGAGAUUGCUCCCAUGGCUGCGGCUGCAGCUUGGUCGCUUAAUGCUUGGGAGUCGAUGGACGACUACAUUGCCACGAUGAAGGCUGAUUCCCCCGAUCGUGCAUUUUACCGGGGAAUUCUUUCAGUGCACCAGAACCAAUUUCCCAAGGCGUUGGCGCAUAUUACCAAGGCUCGCGAUUUGCUAGAUCUGGAGCUUACCUCCUUGGUUGGGGAGAGCUAUGGUCGCUCAUACAACACCAUGGUCCGAGCCCAAAUGCUCUCGGAAUUAGAAGAAAUCAUCAACUACAAGCAGCAUGCAGAUCAGCCCGAGCGACAACAGACCGUAAGGAAGACUUGGAUGAGAAGACUACAAGGCUGCCAGCCCGACGUUGAAGUCUGGCAACGUAUCCUUCAAGUACGCACGCUUGUGCUUAGCCCUGAAGACGACCCUGUUAUGUGGAUCAAAUUUGCCAAUCUUUGUCGAAAAUCGGAUCGCAUGAAUUUAGCAGAGAAGACCAUCAAUUCCUUGUUAUCGCCAGAAAGAAAUUUGAAAGCACCGCCAAAUGUUGUCUACGCACAAUUGAAAUUCAUGUGGGCGUCAGGAAACAAGGAGGAUAGCUUGAACUUCAUGCAGCAGUUCUCGACAAACCUCGCAAAAGAUAUAAAGGUUGAAGGCUCAGAUCGUGCGCAACGCCCAAGUGUUCCUAAACAGAAGCUGAAUGAGCUCUCACGCUUGCUGGCACGAUGCUAUUUCAAGCUCGGGCAAUGGCAGAUGGAGCUCACGGAUAACUGGGGAACGCGAAAUGUCAAGGAUAUUCUCCACUCAUUCCUUCUGGCCACACAUUACGAUCCUACAUGGUACAAGGCCUGGCAUACGUGGGCGCUAGCGAACUUCGAAGUUGUAUCCUAUAUGUCAAGUCAAGUGGAGAACAAGUCCCAUGAUAUCUCUGGCAGUGCGCUGGUGCCCCACAUUGUUCCAGCUGUGCAAGGUUUCUUCCGCUCGAUUUCUCUGCGCAGCGAGAAUGCAUUCCAGGAUACCUUGAGGCUGUUGACUCUCUGGUUCAAAUUUGGAUCUCAUGAUGACGUCAGUCACGCCAUGGAUAGCGGCUUUGGCAGCGUUGAGGUCGACACCUGGCUCGAAGUUAUACCACAGAUCAUCGCUCGUAUUCAAACUCCGAGCGCCAAUAUUCGUCGAAAUAUCACCAAUCUUCUGAUUGAUGUUGGGAAGCACCAUCCCCAGGCACUGAUAUACCCUCUCACUGUGGCGUCGAAGUCAUCGAGCGCCUCCCGCAAGAAGGAAGCUCUGGGGAUUAUGGACCACAUGAGAGAGCACAGUGCCAUCAUUGUGGAACAAGCAUUGGUUGUUAGUCAGGAAUUGAUUCGUGUGGCCAUCCUCUGGCAUGAACUUUGGCACGAGAGAUUGGAAGAGGCGUCUCGCUUGUACUUUGUGGAGCACAAUCCUGAAGGCAUGAUCGCUGCGCUAGAACCAUUGCACGAUAUGCUAGAUGCUGGACCCACCACUGCGCGAGAGACUUCAUUCGCGCAAGUGUUCGGUAGGGAGCUGCAUGAGGCGCGUGAGGCUUGCCAACGCUACUCCAAAUACGGUGAAAUCAAGGACCUGGACACGGCAUGGGAUCUUUAUUUCGGGGUCUUCAGGAAGGUGGAGAAACAAUUACCACAGCUGACAACCUUGGACUUGCAGUAUGUUUCACCGGAGUUACUAAAAGCUCGCAAUCUGGAUCUAGCAGUUCCUGGUACAUAUCAAAGCGGCAAGCCCAUUAUUAGAAUAAUGAGCUUCGCUACGAAGCUCUCCGUCAUCUCAUCCAAACAAAGACCACGUCGAUUGUCAUUGAAAGGGAGCGAUGGAAAAGAUUAUCAAUAUGUUCUUAAAGGUCAUGAGGAUCUCCGCCAGGAUGAGCGAGUCAUGCAACUAUUCAGCCUCGUGAACACCUUGCUCUCUGUGGAUACCAACAGCUUUAAGCGGCGCCUACACAUCCAACGAUACCCUGUCAUUCCACUAGGGCCUCACGCAGGUUUGCUUGGUUGGGUACAUGACAGUGAUACCCUGCACGUGCUUGUUCGCGAUUAUCGUGAAACCCGAAAGGUUCUUCUGAACAUUGAAUAUCGCUUGAUGCUCCAGAUGGCGCCUGAUUACGAACUCCUCAUGUUGCUGCAGAAGAUCGAGGUCUUCGAAUAUGCUCUCGAAAACACUACAGGACAAGACCUUUACAGAGUGUUGUGGUUGAAGAGCGUCAAUUCUGAGCAUUGGCUCGAGCGCCGUGCCGCAUAUACCAGAUCACUCGCAGUGAACAGCAUGGUUGGCCAUAUUCUCGGGCUCGGGGAUCGUCAUCCGUCGAAUCUAAUGUUGGAGAGAAAGACCGGCAAGGUCGUGCAUAUUGACUUUGGUGACUGCUUUGAGGUGGCCAUGCAUCGCGAGAAGUUCCCAGAGAAGAUCCCUUUCAGGCUGACGAGGAUGCUAACGCAUGCUAUGGAGGUCAGCGGGAUUGAAGGCAGUUUCCGCAACACUUGCGAAAUCACGAUGCAGGUCUUGCGCGUAAACAAGGAAUCCCUCUUAGCCGUGCUCGAGGCAUUUGUGUACGACCCUCUCAUCAAUUGGAGACUGAUGCCUACCGAAAUGGACAGUCGUCGGUUGGGAGGGGGCGCCGAUGCUGACCGAACCGCAGAUCUGGCCCGAGUCGCGGCCUAUCCCCAAGGACCGACUCGCAAAUUGAAGGCGGAUGAGAACGACAUCUUGAAUGAGGCACAGGAAAUACGCAAUGAACGCGCUCUGGCUGUGUUCAACCGUGUGCAACAUAAGCUCACCGGACGUGACUUCAACCCCGAUGUUGUCCUUUCCGUACCCGCCCAAGUCGACAAGCUGAUUCUUCAGGCGACGUCUCUCGAAAACCUGUGUCAAUGUUUCUCUGGAUGGUGUGCUUUCUGGUAAUACGCUGCUGUGCUGUGCCGUGUCGUUAUUCAUGUAGCUUUUCAUGUAGUAUUACUUUUUUUGGCUUAACAUUAUGUUUUCUUCCCUUUGA